CACAAACAGAUUAUUUUUGUUUGAGUCUCUCUCAGUAUCCCAAAUCCCUCGAUCGGCCUCCUGUCGAAUUAAGCAGCAAAAGAAGGGAAAAGCAUAGCGGCCGCCACCGCAUCCUUUCUAUCUCCCAAAACCCUAAUCUCCGAUCGCCGCUACCGGAACCCUAACCCCGGAGCAAUGAUGGGAAGAGGAGGAAGGGACAGACUGAACAACGAGCACACGUCGAGGCUUGAGGAGAAGGAACGUCGAACUGGGUGGGGCGUCGCCCCGCCCUCCAGACACCUGUGGGUCGGGAACUUGAGCUCUCACGUGACGCAGAACACUCUAUACGAGCAUUUCUUGAGGUUUGGGGAUAUUGAGAACAUAGCUUAUAUGCCUGGCAGGAGCUAUGCGUUUGUGAACUAUAAGAAAGAGGAAGAUGCUGUUAUCGCAUUGAGAGGGCUUCAGGGUUCCAUUGUCGCCGGAAAUUCUCUUAGAGUCGAGUUUGCAAAGGGGAAAAUUCAAUUACAGGACAGGGCUUCAGUAUCAUCACAGGAUGAUGGAUACUCACAACUCGAGGAAAGAUAUUCUAUUGAACGGGGAGAACCACUGUUCCGAAGAGAUGUAAGAGCACAUCGCCAGAGUCCUGAAAAAUCACAUGACAAGAAUAAGGGAAGUAGAAGUACAGAGCCUAGUGAAGUGCUGUGGAUUGGGUUCCCAGUGUAUCUCAAUGUUGAAGAAGAAGCUUUAAGAAGGGCUUUUUCACCAUUCGGUGAAAUUGAGAAUAUCGCUACAUUUCCUGGUCGCAGUUAUGCCUUUGUUCGGUACCGAAGUAUAGUUGCAGCUUGCAGGGCUAAAGAAGCUCUUCAAGGAAAGCUAUUUAACAAUCCCCGUGUGCACAUAUGUUUUGCCAGAAGUGAGUUCUCAACAGAGUCUGGAAGAAACUCUAGCAGUGCUCCCAUUCUGCCACAUCUUAAACUGAAUUACCAACCUGGUCUGAGUGGUCAAAGUCCUGAACCUUCCCACUGGGGUAGAGGCUUUGAUAGUCAUAUAGGAGAGUUUCCAAUAGCAUCUCCUCAAGAUGCAAGUUUUAUACGACCUGGAGAUGCAAGUUUCACUGGUUUUGAAGGAAACAGUUCUAUUCGACCUGGUGCAGGUCCAGGGUCCAUUUUUACUGGUGAUAUUGAACAUAACAGAUUGCAAGAAUUGGGUUCAGAAAGGAGGAUGUCAGAAGAACUUUAUGAGCGUUACAGAAAUAGUCCUGCAGCAGAAAGACAUGGCCGAUGGCAUGAUGUUCCUUUUGAGAGAUCGCAAAGAACUCCACCACUUGAUGAUUCAUGGGGUGUAGAGGAUCACACUUUUCCAUUAACUAAGAAGCCAAAAAUAGACACAUUUUCUGACAAAGAACUUCCUGAAUAUCCAUUCUCUGACAUGGAACAAGGAAAACGUGAUUUUGGCCUGCCGAAGUUCUCACCAAAUUUGCCAUAUGGUACUGCCUAUAAUAAAAGUUUUGAGUCUGUUCCUUUUGAUCACAAAGGGGUACCUCAACAUUUGAGGACUAUAAAUGGUCCACUUGCAGAUAGUGAUGAAUCAUGGAGAAUGCUUGAUAGUUCAAGUGCAGGUCCUGGUCCUUUGCCUUUAAAUGCAGCCAAGCUACAAAGACCAAGCCCUGAGCUUCAUCAGCCUCCACGGAUUCUAGAAUGGAAGUGGGAGGGAACAAUAGCGAAGGGAGGCACAACAGUUUGUCGGGCUCGUUGCUUUCCUGUGGGGAAGGUCCUUGAUUUUAUGUUACCAGAGUUCUUAAACUGCACUGCAAGAACAGGCCUUGAUAUGCUUGCAAAACAUUAUUAUCAGGCAGCCGGUACUUGGGUGGUGUUUUUUGUUCCAGAAACUGAUGCAGAUAUAGUCUUCUACAAUGAGUUCAUGCACUAUCUGGGGGAGAAGCAGCGUGCAGCUGUUGCAAAACUGGGUGAAAAAGUUACUUUGUUUUUAGUGCCACCAUCAGAUUUUUCUGAACAAGUUCUGAAAGUACCCGGAAAGGUGAGCAUCUCUGGUGUAAUUUUAAAGUUUCAACAGCCUGGCUCCAACUUUGGUUCUCUUCACCAUCCUCUGGAAGCUGGAGAACCAAAAUUGCCACCCCUUGUGCAUCAGCCAAUUGAUGUUGUUAGACGUCAUGAAGACACAUCAUUUGCAAAGCCUAAAUCCCCUGAUUUAAGGGCAUUUUCUCAGGGACAGAACUAUUUUAGUGCAUCAUCAGGACUACUACCCCCACCUCCCCCUACUUUCCCACCACCACAGAAACGAGGUGACAAUUUUCCUUAUUCAGGAUCUAUGCAUCCCAUGGAAAAGCUACCUGACUAUCACAUAGAGAGCAGACAGGAUCAACCUCAGCCCCCAAGUCCUGCAAUAUCUUCAAAGUGGUCUAAUCAAAUGCACAUUCCAACUUCUGAUCAUGGGGAUUUUCCUUCCACAAUGCCAAGUGCUGUGUCACAUUUAUCUAGUAAUUCUGAUGCAGAAUCAUACCUACUGGGAAAUCAUAAAGUUGCACAAGGAUCUGCUUCAAGCAAUUAUGCACCUGAAAGCUCAGGUAUUCCCACCCUUAAUAGCAAGUACCCCACACAAGAGGGAACUAAACCCCAAGUUUCUUCAAACUUGCCACUUUCUCUACAACCAGAGCAACUUGCACAACUAGCAGUUCUUCUGGGGCAACAAAAACAAGCAGGCAAAGAACCAGCUUUAUCAGCAGAUGGUCAGACCAAACUGGCAAACUUGUUGCAGAUUUCUAGUUCGCAUGCCCAGUCUCCUGUGAUGAGUGUCCAGGCCACGGAUCCACAUGCUCAGACCUCUACAACACAUGCCUAUUCUUCUUUACCUCCUAACUUGCUAGGUGCCCAACUCAACCAAGUGCCACAAUACCAGCAGCAUCCAUCAAAUGUUCCUGCAGUGCAACCAGUAGUAAACCCUGGACAACAAAAUAAUCAGCAAGCACCAAAUAACUCUCGGGAAGACGCAGAAGCGGAUCCCCAGAAGCGUUUGCAGGCAACUUUGCAGCUGGCAGCAGCUCUACUUCAACAGAUCCAGCAACAAUCAAAAACUGCCGAUCAACAUUAGACUGGAGAAGCAACCAAAUGAUAGUGGUGGCUAAUGAGCAGCAACAUGGAUUACAAAAAGAUAGGAGGCAGAUGGGAGGAUAAGUGCAAUAGAGAAAAGAAAAUUCAAGACUUCCGAAGGAAAGAAAGGACUUGCACAUGAAUUUUUAAGUGCAAUUUGUUGUCUUUUUCGUACCCCUUUCUUUUACUUGUCCGGACAAAUAUAAAAUUGCCACUUGAUGAGAUUUAGAGGGCGAAGUUGGUACUCUGCAUUUUCUGCAAUCCUGCUUUUAGACGUGCAGUACAAUGAACAAACUUGUUUCAGACCCUACCAUUUUCUAGACAUUCUUAGAUGCACUUGGGAGGUCAACACCAAAUAAUUUACUUUUCAUGAUUUUUAUGUGA